AGAAGCCCGCCGUAACCCCCUCAUGGUGCUUUGAGCUGGCCUCCGUUGUGGCCAACACACGCUGCUGGAGUUUGAACCGGAGCUUUUAUCUGCUUGAAGGCUCGUUUUCCCUAGGGACUGGAGCCGAGGAAGCUGGGAUUUACUUGGAUGUAUGGUAGAGAAACUCGUGGUUCCUUUAUGCUGCAGCUCCUGCUCCCCCUGGGUUACCUGUAGAUGGAAUUACAGAAGUCGAGCAGCAUGCCCGGGCCGUUGUCCCCGGGGUACGCAGCUCAGGUGCCCUAUAACUAUAACCAGUUAGAAGGAAGAUUCAAGCAGUUGCAAGAUGAACGGGAGGCAGUUCAGAAGAAGACUUUCACGAAGUGGGUUAACUCCCACCUGGCCCGUGUGUCAUGCAGGAUUACGGAUCUGUACACCGACCUUCGGGAUGGAAGGAUGCUCAUCAAGCUGCUGGAAGUGCUCUCGGGGGAGAGACUUCCUAAACCAACUAAAGGAAGGAUGCGCAUCCAUUGCCUGGAGAAUGUUGAUAAAGCCCUCCAGUUCCUGAAAGAGCAAAGAGUGCACUUAGAAAACAUGGGAUCCCAUGAUAUUGUGGAUGGGAAUCACAGGCUGACGCUUGGCCUUAUUUGGACUAUUAUCCUGAGAUUCCAGAUCCAAGAUAUCAGUGUUGAGACUGAGGACAACAAGGAGAAGAAGUCUGCUAAAGAUGCUCUGCUUUUGUGGUGCCAGAUGAAGACAGCCGGUUACCCCAACGUCAACAUUCACAACUUCACAACGAGCUGGAGGGAUGGGAUGGCUUUCAACGCACUAAUACACAAGCACAGGCCUGAUCUGAUUGAUUUUGACAAGCUGAAGAAAUCAAAUGCACACUACAAUCUGCAGAAUGCUUUUAACCUCGCCGAGCAACACCUUGGUCUUACCAAGCUCCUGGACCCCGAGGAUAUCAGUGUUGACCAUCCUGAUGAAAAGUCAAUCAUCACCUACGUGGUGACAUAUUACCACUACUUCUCCAAGAUGAAGGCUUUAGCUGUCGAAGGAAAACGUAUCGGAAAGGUGCUUGACAACGCCAUCGAGACAGAGAAGAUGAUUGAGAAAUACGAAUCUUUGGCUUCGGACCUCCUUGAGUGGAUUGAGCAAACCAUCAUCAUCCUCAACAAUCGCAAGUUUGCCAACUCCCUGGUUGGGGUGCAGCAGCAGCUCCAGGCGUUCAACACCUACCGCACCGUGGAGAAACCACCCAAAUUUACAGAAAAAGGGAACCUGGAAGUGCUGCUGUUUACCAUCCAGAGCAAAAUGAGAGCCAACAACCAGAAAGUGUACAUGCCAAGGGAGGGCAAGCUCAUCUCUGACAUCAACAAGGCCUGGGAGAGACUGGAAAAAGCUGAACAUGAAAGAGAACUGGCACUGCGGAACGAGCUCAUCCGACAGGAGAAACUGGAACAGCUCGCGCGCAGAUUUGAUCGCAAGGCAGCUAUGAGGGAGACGUGGCUGAGCGAGAACCAGCGGCUCGUCUCUCAGGAUAAUUUUGGCUUCGACCUCCCAGCAGUAGAAGCUGCAACAAAGAAGCACGAGGCCAUUGAAACUGAUAUUGCAGCAUAUGAAGAACGAGUCCAGGCCGUGGUUGCAGUUGCAAAGGAGCUUGAGACUGAAAACUACCAUGAUAUUAAACGCAUUACUGCGAGGAAGGACAACGUUAUCCGCCUCUGGGAGUAUCUCCUGGAGCUGCUCCGGGCACGGAGACAGCGCCUGGAGAUGAACCUUGGUCUGCAAAAGAUAUUCCAGGAAAUGCUGUACAUUAUGGACUGGAUGGAUGAGAUGAAGGUGCUUCUGCUGUCUCAAGACUAUGGCAAACACUUGUUAGGAGUUGAAGACCUGCUACAGAAGCAUGCUCUGGUGGAAGCUGACAUUGCAAUCCAGGCUGAGAGAGUGAGAGGGGUCAAUGCAUCUGCUCAGAAGUUUGCCACUGAUGGAGAAGGUUACAAGCCGUGUGACCCACAGGUGAUCCGGGACCGUGUGGCUCACAUGGAGUUCUGUUACCAAGAGCUGUGCCAGCUCGCGGCCGAGCGCAGGGCACGCUUGGAGGAGUCCCGGCGCCUCUGGAAGUUCUUCUGGGAAAUGGCUGAAGAAGAAGGUUGGAUCAGGGAGAAGGAGCAGAUCCUCUCAUCUGAUGACUAUGGGAAGGACCUCACCAGUGUUGUCCGUCUCUUGAGUAAGCAUAAGGCGUUUGAAGACGAAAUGAGUGGCCGUAGUGGCCACUUCCAGCAGGCGAUCAAAGAAGGUGAAGACAUGAUCGCGGAGGAGCAUUUUGGGUCUGAGAAGAUCAGAGAAAGAAUUAAGGAUAUCCGGGAGCAGUGGGCUAACUUGGAACAGUUAUCUGCCAUUAGGAAGAAGCGUCUGGAGGAAGCCUCUCUCCUUCACCAGUUCCAGGCUGACGCUGAUGAUAUUGAUGCAUGGAUGUUGGACAUCCUCAAGAUUGUCUCCAGCAAUGAUGUUGGCCACGAUGAAUAUUCCACCCAGUCCUUGGUCAAGAAACACAAAGAUGUGGCUGAAGAGAUUGCAAGCUACCGGCCAACCAUUGACUCUCUUCAUGAGCAGGCGAAGGCUCUGCCACAGGAACACGCCGACUCUCCAGAUGUCCAAGGCAGAUUGUCUGGAAUAGAGGAAAGGUACAAGGAAGUUGCUGAGCUGACUCGGCUGCGGAAACAGGCCCUGCAGGAUACCCUGGCUCUGUAUAAGAUGUUCAGCGAGGCAGAUGCUUGUGAGCUCUGGAUUGACGAAAAGGAGAAGUGGCUGAAUAACAUGCAGAUUCCAGAGAAGCUGGAGGACCUGGAAGUGAUCCAGCACAGAUUUGAAAGCUUAGAACCAGAGAUGAACAACCAGGCAUCCCGUGUGGCAGUGGUGAACCAGAUUGCUAGACAGCUAAUGCACAGCGGCCACCCGAGCGAGAAGGAGAUCAAAGCACAGCAAGACAAGCUCAACACGAGAUGGAGCCAGUUCAGAGAACUGGUAGACAGGAAGAAGGAUGCUCUGCUCUCUGCUCUGAGUAUCCAGAACUACCACCUCGAAUGUAAUGAAACCAAAUCCUGGAUCAGGGAAAAGACCAAAGUGAUCGAAUCCACACAGGAUCUGGGUAACGAUCUAGCUGGGGUGAUGGCCCUGCAGAGGAAGCUGACGGGCAUGGAACGUGACCUGGUGGCCAUCGAAGCCAAGCUCAGUGACCUGCAGAAAGAGGCGGAAAAGCUGGAAUCAGAGCACCCCGACCAGGCCCAGGCCAUUCUCUCACGGCUUGCAGAGAUCAACGAUGUAUGGGAAGAAAUGAAGACCACCCUUAAGAACCGGGAAGAGUCCCUCGGAGAAGCAAGCAAACUGCAGCAGUUCCUGAGGGAUCUGGAUGACUUCCAGUCCUGGCUGUCCAGAACCCAGACCGCGAUCGCAUCCGAAGACAUGCCGAACACACUGACGGAGGCGGAGAAGCUGCUCACUCAGCAUGAGAAUAUUAAGAAUGAAAUCAACAAUUACGAGGAGGAUUAUCAGAAAAUGAGGGACAUGGGGGAGAUGGUGACCCAGGGGCAGACUGAUGCUCAGUACAUGUUCUUGCGCCAGCGCCUGCAGGCUUUGGACACUGGCUGGAAUGAGCUCCACAAGAUGUGGGAGAACAGGCAGAAUCUCCUGUCCCAGUCUCAUGCCUACCAGCUGUUUCUCAGAGACACCAAGCAAGCAGAAGCAUUUCUUAACAACCAGGAGUACGUUUUGGCCCACACAGAAAUGCCCACUACCUUGGAAGGAGCAGAAGCUGCUAUCAAGAAGCAGGAGGAUUUCAUGACCACGAUGGAUGCCAAUGAAGAAAAGAUCAAUGCAGUUGUAGAGACUGGCAGGAGGCUGGUUAGUGAUGGGAACAUCAACUCGGAUAAAAUCCAGGAGAAAGUGGACUCUAUUGAUGACAGGCAUAGGAAGAACCGUGAAGCAGCCAGUGAGCUUCUGAUGAGGCUGAAGGAUAACAGGGAUCUCCAGAAGUUCCUCCAGGAUUGUCAAGAGCUCUCACUCUGGAUCAAUGAGAAGAUGCUCACAGCCCAGGACAUGUCCUAUGAUGAGGCGAGGAACCUGCACAGCAAGUGGCUGAAGCAUCAGGCAUUUAUGGCAGAGCUUGCAUCCAACAAAGAGUGGCUGGAUAAGAUUGAAAAGGAGGGAAUGCAGCUCAUUGCAGAGAAACCAGAGACUGAAGCCGUGGUGAAAGAAAAGCUCACAGGUCUCCAUCAGAUGUGGGAAGAGCUCGAAUCCACUACCCAGACCAAGGCGCAGCGUCUCUUCGAUGCGAACAAGGCAGAGCUUUUCACCCAGAGCUGUGCUGAUCUGGACAAGUGGCUGAAUGGUUUAGAGAGCCAGAUUCAGUCGGAUGACUACGGAAAGGAUCUCACCAGCGUCAACAUCCUGUUGAAGAAGCAGCAGAUGCUAGAAAAUCAAAUGGAUGUUCGUAAGAAGGAGAUUGAGGAGCUGCAAAGCCAGGCAAGGGCAUUGAGUCAAGAAGGGAAGAGCACAGAUGAAGUGGAUGGCAAGCGCCUUACUGUAGAGAAGAAGUUUUUGGAGUUGCUGGAGCCUCUGAAUGAAAGGAAGGCAAACCUGCUGGCCUCCAAAGAGAUCCACCAGUUCAACCGGGAUGUGGAAGAUGAAAUUUUGUGGGUUGGAGAGAGGAUGCCCAUAGCUACGUCAACAGAUCAUGGACACAACCUCCAGACCGUGCAGCUACUCAUAAAGAAAAAUCAGACCCUUCAGAAAGAAAUCCAGGGACAUCAGCCUCGCAUUGACGACAUCUUUGAGAGGAGUCAAAACAUCAUCACAGAGAGCAGCCCUAAUGCUGAGGUGAUCCAGCAGAGACUUGCAGACCUGAAGCAGCUCUGGAACCUCCUCAUCGAGGAGACAGAGAAGCGCCACAAGCGCCUGGAGGAGUCUCACAGAGCACAGCAGUAUUACUUCGAUGCUGCCGAGGCUGAGGCCUGGAUGAGUGAGCAGGAGCUCUACAUGAUGUCAGAAGAGAAAGCCAAGGAUGAGCAGAGUGCCGUGUCCAUGCUGAAGAAGCACCAGAUUUUGGAACAAGCUGUAGAAGACUAUGCAGAAACCGUGCACCAGCUUUCAAAGACCAGCAGAACUUUGGUGGCAGAUAACCACCCAGAAAGUGAACGAAUCAGCAUGCGCCAGUCCAAAGUGGACAAGCUGUACGCAGGCCUGAAGGAUCUGGCCGAAGAGAGACGGGGCAAGCUGGAUGAGAGGCACAGGCUGUUCCAGCUGAACCGCGAGGUGGACGACCUGGAACAGUGGAUUGCUGAAAGGGAGGUGGUGGCAGGAUCCCACGAGCUGGGACAGGAUUACGAACACGUAACGAUGCUCCAGGAGCGGUUCCGUGAAUUCGCCCGGGACACAGGGAACAUCGGCCAGGAGCGCGUUGACACCGUCAACCACAUGGCAGAUGAACUCAUCAACUCCGGACACUCGGAUGCUGCCACCAUUGCGGAGUGGAAGGACGGACUCAAUGAGGCCUGGGCAGAUCUGCUGGAGCUCAUUGACACGAGAACACAAAUCCUAGCAGCCUCUUAUGAACUGCACAAAUUUUACCACGAUGCCAAGGAGAUCUUGGGACGUAUUCAAGACAAACAUAAGAAACUGCCCGAAGAGCUUGGUAGAGACCAAAACACAGUGGAAACGCUGCAGAGAAUGCACACAACGUUUGAGCAUGACAUCCAGGCACUCGGCACCCAGGUGAGACAGCUGCAGGAGGAUGCUGCACGCCUUCAGGCUGCCUAUGCUGGAGACAAAGCUGAUGACAUCCAGAAGAGGGAAAAUGAGGUCUUGGAAGCAUGGAAAGCACUGCUGGAUGCCUGUGAGGGCCGCAGGGUGAGGCUGGUGGAUACAGGAGACAAAUUCCGCUUCUUCAGCAUGGUUCGUGAUCUCAUGCUUUGGAUGGAAGAUGUUAUCCGGCAGAUAGAAGCCCAGGAAAAGCCAAGGGACGUUUCAUCUGUUGAACUCCUCAUGAACAAUCACCAGGGAAUCAAAGCAGAAAUCGAUGCCCGGAAUGACAGCUUUACUACCUGCAUCGAGCUCGGCAAAUCUCUUCUGGCAAGGAAGCACUAUGCAUCAGAGGAGAUCAAGGAAAAGCUGCUGCAGCUGACAGAGAAGAGAAAAGAAAUGAUCGACAAAUGGGAAGACAGAUGGGAGUGGCUGAGACUGAUUUUGGAGGUACACCAGUUCUCCAGAGACGCGAGCGUGGCUGAGGCCUGGCUGCUGGGGCAGGAGCCCUACCUCUCUAGUCGUGAGAUAGGCCAGAGUGUUGAUGAGGUGGAAAAACUGAUCAAGCGGCACGAAGCCUUCGAGAAGUCCGCAGCUACCUGGGAUGAGAGGUUUGCAGCACUGGAGCGGCUGACCACGUUGGAACUGCUGGAAGUACGUCGACAACAGGAGGAAGAGGAGAGGAAGAGACAGCCUCCCACUCCAGAGCCCAGCCCAAAGGUUGCCGAGGAUGCAGACUCCCAGCAGCAAUGGGAUGGCACAAAAGGAGAACAGGUUUCCCAAAAUGGUUUGCCGUCAGACCAGGAAUCUCCACGGGUUAGUUACCGCUCCCAAACCUACCAAAACUACAAAAACUUUAUUAGCAGACGGACAGCCAAUGACCGCUCGUGGUCUGGACUGUGACGUACAGAACCCUUUGCAGCAAAAGACACCUUUUUGUCAGUAUGGUUUACUGGUACUGGUUUCAUCUUUUGGCUUCAGAUUUCCCUGCUGCUUUUCUCUUCCUUCCCAUCAGUUGACUUCUAUUGAAUUAGCAGCCCCUUGGAGAUAUAUUUGCUUCACUUUCCUCCAUGUUUAUUUGAAUCUCCCCACUGACACUCAGUUGCUUUAAGGUGACACAUUUAUUUCAUGUUAUUUACUGUUGAGUUUUUCAUGUCGCUAAUAGUAUUAAGAUUUUCCAGCGAAAGCGUCCUUUAUAUGAGUAAUUGAGAUUUAAUGAGAUUACAUCAUAAUGAAGAAGAGAACUAGAACCUGACAGGUAUGACGCAUCGAGUUAUACUAACAGGUUUCAGCACGGCAACAUUAUUAAAUCAGCUGCAUUAGCAAGCGAGUUCUUUACAAGGCCAAAGAUUACCCCUGCAAGUGAGCUCAGCAGCAGAGGCCGGGGGGGGAUGGGAGAGCUGUAACUAUUGACAAAUAAAAGCCUUAAGGUUAGUUGUAUAACAUUCCAUGCAGAAUUGGACUCAUUGACUGCAGAGAAAAAUAAACGUGAAAUAAAAACGUGAAAAAUUAGAUUUAUCUUGGUAUUUAGUCCUCCUGAAGAGUUGUGAUCUUGCUGAAUAGCUAUUUUGGGGCCCCAUUUUGCCUUGGUCCUGUUCGAUUUACAGCAAUUCAAUUUCCUGACACUAGGGAGGCAGAGGUAUAAAUGAGAGCAGGGUGCAGACCCCUAUGGAAAGGUUGUGAUGCUUUCCUUUAAAAACCAAAUAAAACACAUUGGUCUAAGAUCCCAGCUCUCGAUUUUCUAUAGGUGUAGGCUAAAUGGUCCAUGCCUUACUCAUUCCUUCUUGAUAGGGGAGUCAGGAUACAUGCCAAUAAUCUUCAUGUGCAGCCAUACAAAUACCAGUACCUAUGUAUAUAUAGUUAACACUACACAGUAGCCGAGCGCCUACCUCUCUGUUGCCUUUCUGCAAAGCCUCCUUGUUUCAGUUCAUGCCUGGAGUGGUGAGAAAAACGACACUUCUUUUCCUUCUGCUUCUGGGGCUGUCUCUGAGGGGUGUUAAGUGCAGGAAAGGUGCCUGGCAGGCUCAGAUCAGUGGGGUUUAGAGCUCUUGCCAGUACCGCAAAGGAAACGUGGGUCCCAGUGUAGGGCUCCGGGAGGAAAUGCCUUUCAGUGUAAGUUUAUCUUUCAGGUGGCCCAGCCCAGUUACUUUGGGUCUGCGCACAGGCUCUGUCAGUGCUCUAGGACACUAAGCAGUCCUACCUUUCUCUUUCUUUAAAUAAAGCCUUUUGGUUCAUCUUUACUAUUACAUUUUGAAGUGAGCUCUCUCUGGAACCUUCUAAUGUUUAUGACAUUAUAUAGAGUUGUAGCAAGGAACAUGAGGUGGCCUGCAGAUCAUCAUCAUCAUCUUGGUUACCACAGCCUUACACAUCCCCUAUUUGCUUCUUUCUUAUGUUAGUUUUUAUUUUAUGACAUGAUACACAACACAUUUUCAUGUUCAUCUUCGCCAUCUGCACUUCAGGCUUCCAUAAGAGCUCUUUAGCUCAGUUCACAGAACCAAGUGUUGCAACACAUCAGGUGUACACAGCCGUAUAUUUAUUAUGUAUUAUCUCUGAUUUGAGGCACAAGAUAAUGCUGCUCUCGAUCAGAAUUUCAACUUCUGCCAACUAGCUGAGCAGUGCAGCUGAAUUGCUCUGUAUUGGCUGAGCUUGCAAAGCGAGGAAGGUGAUUGAAAGGGUGUGCUUCGGUGAUUGUACUUUUGCUGUAACUUGUCUUUCCACUUCAUGAUGCAUGUGUUUUUUUCUUUCGUCAGGAUAACAACAUAGAGCUUCUUAAUGCUUUUUAAAACUCCAUGUAGAUUUAUGCAGAUGAUCUGGUGACUACCCACACCAGUGCUGGCUCUCUGUGCCUGUAAGAGUGUGACAGUUCUCAGAGCAGUAUAGCUGUAGCUUGAGACUCCACCAUCUGGGAAGCCUUCAGAUGUAUUCUGGCUAUAAAGUAGUCUGUAAAAGUAAUUUCUAUAGAUAAACUUUUUUCCUUGUGUUAGUACACUUAUAUAUGAAAAUUAUACUUUAUGACGAAGAAAACCUUAUUAAGUCAUUGAUUCAGGUCAUCACUGUAGGCACUAGAAGAGUUAAGAUUUCAUCUCUUUAUUAUAGGCUGUAGUACCGGCUCAAAACAUUAAAAUGGCACUUUUUUAAAUGGCCAGAGCAAUAGAAAGCUAUCAUUUGUCUGCAUCUGAAAAAGGCAGAUAACAUCUCUAUUAUUUAAGCUGUGGUGCAGAGACUUAACUUGAUGAGCUGAAUAUAAUGUGGCACCGAGGGGAUAUCUCCAGUCAUUGUCACCAGCUGUCUUGUUGCAUGUUGUAGUCCCCAUUUAAGUAUCUCAAAAGUAGUGUCUAGCCACUAAAGCACUUGCAACUAACCUCUCAGUCACGAUUAAGAAAACUGUGUCCAUGUUUGUGGUAACUGUUUUGUUGUAACAGUACAGUUUGCUAUUGAUGUUUGUCCUCCGUUGCGUUGUCUCUGCAUGCUCGAUGCACGUUUCCAUUAAAGUUUGUUCAGCUCC